AUGUUCACUGGCAUCCUGUAAGUCGCCUCAUGAAGCAAAGCGGGUACAUGUGAAGGUAGCAACUCUGGAAACAUGAAUUCAAGCAACACCAGCUGUUCAGAGCGAACAGAGUUCAAUCUGGUCCAAGUGAGUGGAACGUGGACUCGUCACACUGGACAGUGCCAAGACAAGGAGGGAAAACUUUCAGAUGCUAAAAUCUACGAGAACAAAUCUGACCAAGGAGUUUCCUGGACGGUGGUGAGCCCCAUUGUUUUCACUUACAGAGUCAUUCAGUGUAAAGAUCUACUGGAUCCCAGGAAUGACACUUUGCUCUGGGGACACAUAGAAGACGAAGAACUUAAAGGCACCACGAGUAACUCCAAACCUGUGAAACGCUUUAUUGUCAUUGAUAAAACUGUACAUGAAUUGUACGGCUCUAAGGUUUCUCAAUACUUUGAUGCCAAAGGAGUCAUUUACAAGAUUCUUCCUCUGCCCACCACUGAGGAGAGUAAGAACAUGGAGUUAGUGACCAAGAUCCUGGAGGAAGUUCACCAGUUUGGGAUUGACAGACGUUCGGAGCCAAUCAUCGCGCUUGGAGGAGGAGUCUGUUUGGACGUGGUUGGUCUGGCAGCGUCACUUUACCGACGAAGGACGCCGUAUAUUAGGGUGCCGACGACUCUGCUGUCGUACAUUGAUGCCAGCGUAGGGGCAAAAACAGGGGUCAACUUUGGUGGGGGGAAAAACAAGCUGGGAAGCUACGUUCCACCAGUGGCGACAUUUUUAGACAGCUCGUUCUUCCAAACUCUGCCUCUACGGCAGAUCUCCAAUGGACUUGCAGAGAUGCUAAAGAUGGCCCUGAUGAAGCACCGGGGCCUAUUUGAGCUGCUCGAGGUGAACGGCAGAAAAAUGCUGCAUGCCAAGCUGCAGCCCUCUGAGACCUGCGGUGGCUCUGAACAGGAAGACGGUGCUGCAGCAUCCAUGCGCAUUGCCAUAGAAACAAUGCUGGAGGAACUGGCUCCAAAUUUGUGGGAGGAUGAUCUGGAUCGGCUGGUGGAUUUUGGGCACAUUAUCAGCCCUGAGCUAGAAAUGAGGGUUUUGCCAGCACUGCUUCAUGGGGAGGCAGUCAGCAUUGAUAUGUCCUUUAUGGUGUAUGUGGCUCAUCAAAAGGGGCUUCUGACAACGCAGGAGAAGAGCCGCAUUAUUCAGUGUAUGCUGGGUCUGGAGCUACCUGUGUGGCACCAGGAAUGCUCCUUGGUCCUGGUGCAGAAAUCUUUCAGGGAGCGUCUGAGGCACUCAGCUGGCUCCCUGAGGAUGCCUCUACCAACAGGGCUUGGAAGAGCAGAAAUCUUCCAUGACAUGAUAGAAGACGAUGUCAUAUAUCAAGCCUUUCAGAAGUGGACUGAAGAACUUUCUACCUUUGGUAGUAACCAGAUAAACUAUUAUUAAUAAAACAAACAAAAUCAGCAGUGCUAACUGUAAUAUCAUAUUCUGAGUCUUUACAUGUUCAAAACAUGGUCCAUAAAAACAUUGGGACAUGAUGGUAACAUCAUGGUUAGUCUAGGAAUAGAUUUUAUUGAUACUUGAGUUGAAAUGCAUUCAUAAGGUUAGAAAAUACAUCUCCACAGAAUAUGCUUAAAGAUCUAUAACUUUAUUCCAAGUGAUUUUUAACAAAGUUUGUACAGCAUCCAUGUUUACAGAUUAUAAAUGUAAUAGCUUAGGAAUAGUAUAAUUUAGCAUAUUUAGCAACCGUGAAAAUCUCCGUAAGGAGCAACAUUUUUUAAUUUAAAUUAUUAGAUAGCGAUAUUUUUAAAAUCGCAGAGAAAACACCCAGUCAAAAAGUUCAAAUAAAUCUUUUAAUAUUUCUAACAGAGUAGUUUAACAUCGAGUACCAAUGAGCGUGAGUUAACAAAUCAGUGGGCGCAGUAAGUAUUGCAACACUUGUCUCUUAAUAACUGUGACAAUGAAAACAGUAGUAGUACACUUUAUGAACCACAGGAAUAAACUUGUUCAGACACUCAAGUACCGAGAUAAAAUGGUUCUUCCUUAGUGGAUUUAAAACACACCACAAUAUAUCGAAGUGCAACACGCAACCUUUAAACCGAGAACUACUUGCUCUUGAUUGAAAGGUUGUGUAUUAUUCUUAUUACCCUAAAUCUUACAAUCAUAAGGGUCCAUCUGCAGUGACUCAAUGGUCACAUACAAGCUUUUUACUGGCUUUCAAUGAGUUGGUACAGAGUGUACUCAGUAGAUUGUAACACUGUGUGACGCAUGGUAAAAUGCGACAAAAUAUUUUAAAAAAAAUAAAAUAAAGUUACUCUUGGAACCAUGUCUUUCAUACUGCUUAAUAAACAAUUUUCACCAAAACUAUAUUUUACAGACUAGCACUACAGCUCUUGUUUCUGGUAAAAGGUUAUGAAAGACACCAUCAGCAGCUCAAAACCUUUAGUUUGUAUAAAUAUACUGCAUCUUUCAUUGUUGGCACAAUUGCUCAACUACAUUCAUGCUAUAGUCAGAAAGAUUUUAAAUGCUCGGUGUUAUUCUAAGAACACACAGCACAACAGCAAUAUCUGAAGUUUAAAAGUGUUCAGUAAUAAAUACACAUGUAUGCAUGUAUUUAAAGACAACAACAAAUAGUGGUUCAAUUAUGUUGCCGGGUUUUUGUUUUUCAAGCUAAUGCUAAAACCAGUCUACACUAUCUUUAACUAAAUGCUAACAUUUGAUAAUUGGGAGUAAAAAGGACACUAUAAAUCAGGUUAGUGUCAAUGGUCUUUAAUUUGAAAGGUAUUUGGUCACAAUUCAAAUUGGUGGACAGACUCAAACUAAGAAGGUACAUAUUUUCCAACCUACAGGUCUUUGGGUUCAAGGAGUUUUCAAAGAGUUCUUAAUGAAAUCCAGAAAUGUUCACCUGUUAGUGGUAGUAAAGUGGUAAAGUGGUAGUCAAAGUAAAGUGGCCAUGAUUGCAUUCUCUAAUACUUUCACACAAAAUUCCCACGGUGAACCUUUUUAUUUAAAUAAAUACUUGUUUUGUAUUAGGUGGAGACACUGGUGGUUUCUGUUUCUAAUCUACAAAUUAAUUCCUCUGUUUCUUGUGUCCCUCCAAAAGCUUUUGUUAACAGACAUAUUUUUCAAGCUAUUUCAUGUUGGCCAGUUCUUGUCUUUAUUUAGCCAAGAAAAGUAAAAUUGAAAAUUUGACUUCUACAUAUGUCUGCAUGCUUUGAUUAGUCGUUAAAUUUAAAACAUUUGGAGCUCCAUUUUAAACGUAGCUUUUCAACCACAAAACUAUUAGACG